AUGACGGCGACGAGGUGGUGGCAGCUCGAUCAUGUCUCCGCCGGAAGAGCUGCCACAGCAGGGAGCCGGACGCCGUCGCCUAAAGUGAUCGGAGAAGGUGAAAUGCUGAUCGGAGAUGGUGAACUUUGGGAGUAUUUCACAAAAACAGGAACCCGAAAGCUCACUCUGCAUGUCUGUUUAAAUUUGGGAGUAAAUCGUUUGAUAGGGAAUUGGAUGUCAACAAAACUUGGAUUUGGGUUGCAGAAUUUACCCCAAGAGAAGAUGCCUCAACUUGUACAGAUAAUCAGGAAGAGGGAUGAGCAUUUGGCACAGGAUGUCAAUGAAAUUGAGCUUGAUAUUGAGGCUCUUGAUACGGAAACGCUGUGGGAACUUGAUUGGUUUGUGACCAAUUCGAAGAAGAUGGUGAGCAAGACAAAGCGGCAAGCGUUGAUGAUGAACAACAAUCCAACUGCUGGAGUUUCUAUUCCCUCCAGUCCUGUUACUGAUGCUGAUGGCGCAUUGAGCGACAAGAAUGAUGAUUGUGGCAAGAUGAUGAAACAAAAUGAUGAAGAAGAUGUAUAUAUUGAUGACGAUAUGCCAGCAACGAGUUUCCCUGUUGUUGUGGAGAUUGAGUUUGUGAAAGAAGGUGUUGUUGGGCAGGAGAAUGAUGGUGUUGUUGGACAGGAGAAUGAUGGUAGAGGCAAUGGCAGCAGUAGCUCAAGCAGUUCUGGCAGCUCAAGCAGCGAUUCGUCAUCCUCGAGUGAUUCUGAUUCAGGGAGUUCCUCUGGUAGUGAGUCCGACGCAGAUGAUUGACCAAUUUGAUGAUUGAACUUUUAUUUGAUGAUUGAAUUGGAUGUCUGGC